GCCUUUGUCGAAUUCUUCGGCUGGUUCGAGGACGAGGAUCAUGUAUACCUAGCCAUGGAGUAUUUCCACAAUGGCACCCUUGACAGAUUUAUCACCAAGGGACUGUCUGAGCAAGAUUCGCGGAUCAUUGCACAACAGCUGUUGGAAGGUUUGAGAAUCAUGCACCAAGAGCAAUUCACCCACCGAGACUUGAAGCCUCAAAAUAUUUUUGUUGUCCAGCAGUCGCCGUACUGGUGGGUGAAAAUCGGUGAUUUCGGCAUCUCCAAACGCGCUGCAAAAGACGAUACAGUGCUGCGGACGAGCACAGGAACGCCGCUAUACCUUGCCCCUGAAGUAUUCCACUAUCUACCCAUGCAGGACGAGGAGACCGGCACCUAUACUAAUGCAGUUGAUAUUUGGUCCUUUGCCUGCGUGGUAUAUGAAAUGUUAACUUUACGAGUGCCGUUUGCCGACUGGCCAAAGAAUUUGGUUGCCUUUUGCAAUGGAGGUCCAUUCCCAGAAGUCCCGCUCAAGGAUCGUGUGACUUCCACUGCGAUUGAUUUUGUCAAGAGUGUUUUGGUUGCGUCUCCGGACCGGAGGCCUACAGCUAAGCAAGCCCUUGAAUCGCCGUGGUUC